CGGACACAGGCAUAUAAAUAGAGGCACUGAAAUAUAGGCAGGAGAGAAUCAAGCAAGCAACAGUACAAGUCCAGAAACUGAAAUACAAGUUAAAAUAAAUAAAUCUAUUUUAAAAAUCAUGAAUCGAGACUGGCAGGAAAUUUUCCAACAGAGGAUAGAAGAAUUGGGGAAAAAUGAUAGCUGGCAGAUAGAGCGUGACGAUUCGAUCGUAGCAAACGCUCCAGAACAGGGGUGGAAGGAGUACAUCCGCAACACCAAUGGGAGGUUCAAAUGCUCAAUAUGCAGGAAUAUGUGGCCCUCAAAACGGGUGAUGGUGGUGUUCCACAUGCGCCUGAGAACUCGGGAAGAGAGUGGCACCGUGAAGGUGCGCUUCUACAAACAGAAGUGCAGGAGGUGUGCAGAUCCUGACUUUGAGGAGCCCCGAUUCCGAAGGGACAACAUAGACCUGCUUUUGGAGAAGCUAAUGGAGAAAAUUCUAAUCAAGUGCUACAGAGAGGAUUGUGGCGAGAAGGGAAAGUUCUUCUACUUUGAUGGGAAGGUAGAUGGUCCGCAUGAGAGCAGACAUUGUGAGGCCUGUCUCCAAGGUGUCUGCACUAAAACCUGACUUCUGAAUAUUGUUUCGGCACCCAAUUGCCACUAACAAUGUCACAUGUUUCAGCAUAUUGGAAUAUAUAAAAUAUACAAUAUUUCUAGCAAUGUUGAUGGCGUUUGUGUAUUAAAUUGAACAUUUUUCAAUGA